UUUAAAUUUAAUUAAUGCGCAUAAAAGUUAAAAAUGUACUUGUAAAUACAAUUUUAAUCAAAUUUAAUGUUUGGUAUAAAAAGCAAUUUGUAACGUUUAAUGUGGAACAUUAAAUCACGUACCAUUAGCCAGUUUUUGAAUAUCCAUUGUAGUGGAAUAAAUAGUAUCUAUUAUGAAUAAUUGAAAAGUGUCCUUCGUCUAACUCAAUUAUUACCGAAGAAAGCGAAACUGGUGCGCAAUAGUGAGACAGAAUGGGAAAGAAACUAAUCCUGAUAUUUUAUUAUAUGUAACCACAAGAAAAAUGAGUGGUGAAGAACGACUUGUUACAGAAGUUCCCAGUAGUUUAAAGCAAUUAGCACGUUUAGUAGUACGUGGAUUUUAUACAAUAGAAGAUGCAUUGAUUGUUGAUAUGUUGGUUAGAAAUCCAUGUAUGAAAGAAGAUGACAUCUGUGAACUUUUGAAAUUUGAACGUAAAAUGUUAAGAGCUAGGAUAUCUACAUUGCGUAAUGAUAAAUUCAUACAAGUAAGAUUGAAAAUGGAAACUGGGUCUGAUGGAAAAGCACAAAAAGUCAACUAUUAUUUUAUUAACUAUAAGACUUUUGUAAAUGUAGUAAAAUAUAAGUUAGACUUAAUGAGGAAAAGAAUGGAAACCGAAGAACGAGAUGCUACCAGUAGGGCAAGUUUUAAAUGUACAAAUUGUUUGAAAACUUUUACCGAUCUUGAGGCAGAUCAAUUGUUUGAUAUGGCCACUGGUGAAUUUAGAUGUACAUUUUGUCGCGAAGUAGUAGAAGAAGAUCAGUCUGCCCUUCCAAAGAAAGACUCAAGGCUGUUACUAGCCAAGUUUAAUGAACAGUUGGAACCUCUUUACAUUUUAUUAAGGGAAGUGGAAGGUAUCAAAUUGGCACCUGAAAUAUUAGAGCCAGAACCAGUUGAUAUAAACACCAUUAAGGGUAUCGACACAAGGAAACCAAGUAGUCUAAGAGCACCUGGUGAACAAUGGUCUGGAGAAGCUACAAGGUCGGCAGGUUUUAUGGUAGAAGACACCAGAGUAGAUGUUACGAUCGGCGAUGAAUCCGCUGACGAUAAUGCAGCAAACAGAAGGAAGGAAAGACCAAUCUGGAUGAUGGAAAGUACAGUUAUCAACUCUGACUCACAGCCUGAUGGAGUCAACACACAAGAGAACAUUUUGGAUAAAGCUGCAGCCACUGCCACUAAUACUACUAUGACGAAUAAUAAACAGGGUGAAGAUAUUAUGUCCGUAUUGCUGGCUCAUGAGAAGAAGGGAGGAACAAAUGCUGCAGCCGCUAUAAAAUCUGUAUUACCUCAAGAAUCUAGUGAUAGUAGCGAUAACGAAGAAGUUGCUGAAAUGCAAGCCAUUGAUACAGGAGAUGUAGAAACAAUGGAUUCCGAAGAUGAUGACCUUGUACCAACUGUAACUGUCGCGGGAAAAACUGUUGCCAUUGCAGAUGUGAACGACACAUUAAUCGCGGAAAUGACACCUAUAGAGAAAGAAGCAUACAUUCAGGCAUAUCAAGAAUACUAUUCUCAUAUGUAUGAUUAAACAAAAUACAGUCAACAUUGUUAAAUACUUAACAAU